UAUAGAACAAUAAUAACAACACCCCACAGAUGGAGCCACUGGUCACCAUUGAAGACCUGCAUUUGUUCCACACUGUGGACAGGAAGAUCUUCUCCCGCCUAGUCAUCGACCUCGGCCGCAACCCGUCGGAGUCGAUGCUGGUCAUGGCUUUCUGGCUAUGGCUCGAGGACAUUGACUUCCCAAGCAUCACUCAAAAGAUGGGGAACUUCCCUCACUCCAUGGUCAACGACUUGGCCCGAGAAGCUGCCCGGUGCCUGAGGAUCCUUGACCCGAGGACCCUCCCCGAGGCUUAUCGGGAUGAUGACAUGCCUCUCUCCUCGAUGGUCAUUGAAAGGCCAAUUUCAUCGAGCCACUUUCAGACCACCAAGUUCUCCGCCAUCACCGGAGUCAAGACCUUACUCAACAAGGUCGUCGCCAUUGUCUUUGCUGACAUACUGGAGCAAGUUCUGCAAAGCGGACGCCGUCGCCGACCCACGAACCUCCCUCCUCCUCCGCUCCUUAUCCCGGGAUUCCCGGACCCCGUGUUCGGUCGCGUCGAAGUUGUCCCAUUACCCCCGGGCUCCUCCGUCCCUGAGGGCGGGUUGUGGGGCUGGGCAACGUCGUACGAAACGACCGUGGAUGACCGGACCAUGUUCCUGACGUUCUCGAGAGGGUACUGGGUGACGGAGGAGGAAGUGUGGGAGCUAUUCACGUCUUUGUUCGGGGAUUGCGUGGAGGCGGUGAGGAUGGUGCCGCCGGUCAUCCAGGAGGAGCAGUCGCUGUACGCCAGGAUGGUGGUCCGGUCGGUUGAAACCAUUGACAAGAUUCUGGGUAAAAAAAACAUCGCGAAGCUUCGUAUUCACGGGAAACAUGUGUGGGCUCGCAAGUACGAGCGCCGGGACCGAGACCGAGACCGAGACUGAUAUCGUUAAAUAACGUUGCCAGAUGCUAAUAAUCCUGUUAAUCAAACCUUAAUAAUUCUGUAAUAAUUUCGGUUUCCCGUGUACUUUGUUUAAUUUGUGGUAAAUAAUAUCCGAUAUACCGUACCGUCAUAGAUCAACAUAAUCGCAAUCUUGAUUGUGGAUUGUGAUGAUGAAGAUGAUGAUUAUGGUAUAUAGUGAAGUGUUGUUGUUGUAAUAUUUGCUUUGGUUUCUUCCAUUCCGUUUACCAAUGUUAUAAUUAAUGUCAAUCCCGCCAAUGUUUGAAUAUAUUUGGAAUUCUCGUG